GAACAGAAAGGUGGUGAAUUACUCCCAGUUUAACGAAUCUGAUGACGCAGAUGAGGACUAUGGGAGAGAAAAGGAAACAACCAAGAAGAUACGUGCUCCACCUCGCGAAAUCAAGCACAAGAAAUCUAAGAAUUCGCAGGAAGAGAGCGAGGAUUCCGAAGAAAAACUCUCCAAAUCCAAAAAUGAUUCUGCAGAUGACUUCGGUAGCGAUGAAGACAACGACUUUGGAGAGGAAGAGGGAGACGAAGAUGGAGGAAGUGACUAUGAUGAUAAAAAGGCCAAGAAGGGAAAGAAAGGAAAGGUGGAGAAGCCAGGCAAAAAGUCCCUGAAGAGGAAACGAGGUGGAGAUGAUAGUGAUGAUGAUAAAGAGGUGAGCAGGAAACCGAGGCAGGUGAGGCAGGCUGCGUCAAAGGCCGUGUCCAAACAGAGAGAAAUCCUUCUGGGAGACGGCGGCAGUGAGGAUGAGGACAAAGAUGAGGAAAAACAACCAUACCUGGACCGUAAGUGUGCUGCUUUUUAA